AUGGGGCAAUUAGAGAACUCUCCUGGCCGUACGACGCUUGAGUGGUUCGGCGCCACUACGUUUCGGCUUCGUGCCAGAGGCGUCACCAUCUUCUUGGACACUUGGCUGGACAAGCCAUCCGUCCUACCCAAUCAUCUUGCAGUAGAUGACGUGGCCGAGGCAGACUACAUCUUUAUCUCCCAUGCUCACUUUGACCAUCUGCCUGGAGCCGAUCGUAUCGCCAUCAGAACUGGCGCUAUUAUAAUCGGCAACGGUGAGGCUAUCCACUGUCUUCGAAAAGCGGGUGUUCCAGAGGAGCAACUCAUUCCAGUGUCUGGCGGCGAGCGGAUACCGCUUUUCACGCGCGUAGUUCGCCAGCACGCACAACAAGAUCCAUACCUACACGCCAAAGGGCCUCCUGGCGCCCCUAUCUUCCCAGUGCAUACGCUGGCUGCCCUUUCGGUGCAUGUAUGGCCCUCGCUACAUUGUCUGAUGCCUGAGGACCACCCCCAGGUCAUUGAUACAGCAACGGUAUACACUGGUUCAGCAACCCCAUACACAUGUUCCCUAGACAUCACGUUUGGGAUGAAGCAUGGCCUCUUGCGUCUCGGUGAUCUUGUCCCACCCGAGAAGCUUAGCGACGGCCAGCGCUCGUUCAUAGAGUAUAUCAGUGACCGGAAACGUAAUGUAUUCUCCCACUGUGACGGUGGUCAGUUGAUGUUCAACUUCGCUAUCGGAGAUAAGGCCCUUCUCUGGAAUGCCCACCUUGGCGCCUACGAUGGUGUCAUGAGGGACAUGCAGCCCAAGCCAGAUGUCGCCAUCUUGGCCAUUGCUGGACGAGCUAACUUGAACGGACGACCGUUUGACGGCUCGUCGGCUCAGUUUGCUGUCAAGGAGGUUGAGUGGCUCGGAAAUCCGCGGACGGUAAUCUGGGCUCUUCAUGAUGAUAGCUGCAUCCCCCCUUACCGAAUUGAAACAGCAGCAGCUACUGCCGCAGUAGAGGAAUGCACUGAAUCGAAGGUUCUGGAUCUGAAACACGCUGAGACGGUCGUGUUGGAUUUGUAG